GGACUGAGUGGACGUACUUGUUCCGCAGUGACAGAAUAGACAUCUGUUAAUCACGCUACAAGCUUUGAGUGAAGUCGCGUUGCGUCUCCUCCUUAAACCGAACCAACAAACUCUGAAUUUGCAUUAAAUAUGCCUAAUAUCGCUUGUUGUCAAACGCCUCAGGUUAUAAUGUAUGACAAACAGAGAAUAAGUACAACUCUAUAGCCAACGGGAUCUCAAGGACUUGAUUACAGUCGCUUCAAGCCUGAUAGUUUGUCCGUGCGGCUGCUCCCCUUCUCCCUGUUACGCAGCUCGUAGUCGGCUGGCAUCUCUUCUGACGACUUCCCAUCCCUCUCCUUGGGUGAAGAAGACUUGGUUCUGCUGAGAUCUUGGUCUGCUUCGCCUGUUUCUGUUCUACGCUCAGCUGUGGCGUUUUCCUGGAUUUGGAUUAUUGUCUAUUAGUUCUCAGGAAUAUAAUCAAAAUUCACCAAGAUGACUCCAAACGGUUAUUUGAUCUUUGAUGAUGAGACUUUCCUGGAUUCCACCGUGGCCAAAAUGAACGCUCUGAGGAAGAGUGGUCAGUUCUGCGACGUUAGACUGCAGGUGUGUGGUCAUGAGCUGAUGGCUCACCGCGCUGUCCUGGCGUGCUGCAGCCCGUACUUGUUUGAGAUCUUUAACAGCGAUAUUGAGACUCAUGGAGUCUCUCAUGUCACUUUUGAGGACCUGAACCCUGAAGCUGUGGAGGUUUUGCUUAACUACGCCUACACUGCCCAAUUAAAGGCGGAGAGAGAGCUGGUUAAGGAUGUGUACUCUGCAGCCAAAAGGUUCAAGAUGGAGCGAGUCAAACAGAUCUGUGGUGACUACCUGCUGUCUAAAGUGGAUUCCCAGAACGCCAUCUCUUUCCGAAACUUUGCCAGCUCCAUGGGCGACGGCAGACUUUUGGCCAAGGUGGAUGCUUACAUUCAGGACCAUCUGCUGGACGUAUCUGAACAGGAGGACUUCCUCAAACUUCCCCGAUUAAAGUUAGAAGUGAUGCUUGAAGACAACCUGACCCUGCCCAGCAACGGCAAACUCUACUCGAAGGUGCUAAACUGGGUGCAGCGUAGCCUGUGGGAGAAUGGAGACCAACUGGAGCGACUGAUGGAAGAGGUGCAAACCCUCUACUACUCACCUGACCAUAAGCUGUUGGAUGGAGGGCUGGUGAUUGAUGGGCACAGUGAGGUGUUUGGUGGCGAGGACGACCACCUUCAGUUUGUUCAGAAGAAACCAGUGCGUGAGAGUGCCCAGAGACAGCAGAGCUGCAGCUCUUCAGGAAGCCUCUCGCCCUCCAACCAAGCAGCCAAUGUCCAAAAACCAACCACCAGGAGAGACUGGAAGUACAUCGCCUCGGAGAAGACCACAAACAGCAACUAUCUUUGUCUGGCUGUGCUGGACGGAGUGCUGAGUGUGAUCUUCCUGCAUGGUCGCAACAGUCCCCAGACGUCUCCGACGGCAACGCCCUGCCUGAUGAAGAGUCUCAGUUUUGAGGCCCAGCCAGAGGAACUGGAAGAGCACCCGCUCUCUCCCAUGCAUUACGCUCGCUCCGGCCUGGGUACUGCAGCCCUGAACGGGAGACUCAUCGCAGCAGGGGGCUACAACAGAGAGGAGUGUCUGAGGACUGUGGAGUGCUACAACCCCAACGAGGACUGCUGGACCUUCAUGGCGCCCAUGCGGACUCCCAGGGCUCGGUUCCAGAUGGCUGUGCUGAUGGGUCAGCUGUAUGUUAUCGGGGGUUCCAAUGGACAUUCUGAUGAGCUGAGCAGUGGGGAGAUGUACGAUCCACAAACUGAUGAGUGGGUUCAAGUGCCAGAGCUGAGGACAAACCGCUGCAAUGCAGGUGUCUGCUCCUUGAACAACAAGCUUUAUGUUGUCGGAGGGUCGGACCCCUGCGGGCAGAAGGGCCUGAAGAACUGUGACGUUUUUGACCCUGUGGCAAAAACCUGGUCUAACUGUGCCUCCCUUAACAUCAGGAGACACCAGGCCGCAGUGUGCGAGUUGGAUGGCUUCAUGUACGUGAUUGGAGGAGCAGAGUCGUGGAACUGCCUGAACACCGUAGAGCGCUACAACCCUGACAACAACACCUGGACUCUGGUGGCCCCCAUGAACGUGGCCCGCAGGGGAGCCGCUGUGGCCGUACACGCAGGCAAGCUGUUUGUCGUGGGUGGCUUCGACGGCUCCCACGCGCUCCGCUGCGUCGAGGUGUACGAUCCUGCCCGCAACGACUGGCGGAUGCUCGGCAGCAUGAUCUCCUCCCGCAGCAACGCCGGCGUGGCCAUGCUGGGCGAAACCAUCUACGUCGUGGGCGGCUUCGACGGAAACGAGUUCCUCAGUACGGUGGAGGUGUACAACCCCGAAACGGAUGAGUGGAACGACUGCACCAAAGCCCCAUCUCCCCUCUCUGAGUGAAGGGAGAGGGGAUGGGGAGGGAAGAACGGGGGAAACAGGGUUCUGGAGUUUCACAGUGCUUCACUCAUUUCCAAACUAACAGGCUUAGUGACGUAAUCGUGUUUCGUGAUGUUUUCGUGUAUGAACAGGUAUACGUGGGUGGGGAUGUUGAGGUGAGGAGUCUUCAGUGAAGACUGGCUUAAUCUUAGCAGGUCGGGGAGGGGGGAGGCAAUUUACUGAGAAUCCUUUUGUGUUUUAAAGUGUCAGGCAUUUGCUGCCCAAAGCAACGUUGACGCCUUCUUUUGUUUUUGCAUAUUGCAUAGAUUUUGGUUUUGUCUUGUAUAUAUUUUGUUUCUUCCUCAAAUUUUUUUUUGUCGUAUGCCAACAUUUACUACACUUAGUGCUUUUCAUUUCUUUAAGCUAGUUGCAUGG